GCCCUUUUUUGUUUGGUCGACUUCUUUAUAUCUUGAUAAUGAGCUGGCGGGAAAAAGAGAAGAAAUCUCCGAGCGACUUCUUUCCAAACUUCCUUGUCACCUUCCUAAGUGAUGUUGUCUAUAUAUAAACUUGUUCUUUCAUUCUACUUAAUGAUUAGACCAACAAAUAAACAUUAAACCCAAAUGAUAUAUUUUGGUAGAUCAAUCGACAAUCAUUAUACAACAAUGAUGACAAAAACAUUGGAGAUUGAUUUGAGAUCAGCAGAAGGGCUUAAGCUAAACCGGAGACCCAUCAAGAAAAAGACUUUCGCCGUCGUAAAAAUCGACGAGAAAUGUCGAAAAUCUAAUCUUGACGAAUCGAGAAGAAGCAAUCCUACAUGGAACUAUAAAUCAGAGAUGCCCAUCAAUGGUAAUGAACAGUUUAUCUUCAUUGAGGUAUUUUAUCGAACAGGUUCUGGGCAUGAUAAAAAAAUCGGAGAAGCUAAAAUCCCAACGAAUGAUUUCAUGGGAAGGUAUUCACCUGAAGGUCACUUAAACUUCUUGAGCUAUAGAUUGAGAGAUGAGUUUGGUGAUAAGUGUGGGAUCGUCAAUCUUUCGAUUUUGGUUAAAUCGGAUCCCACCAGAGAUUACGGCGCGUGUUCGUCCCAAGCGGCGGUUACUGGUUUGUGGAGGCCGAGAUUAGAGACGGCAUCGAUUGAUGGAUACGGUGGCCGGACUGUUACCGGAGUUCCGGUUUGGGGUCUGUAUCAACGCCAAUUUUAAAAUCUUUUUUUUUUGGGGGGGGAUGCACAUAUUAUUAAUUCUUCGUCUUUGUUCCAUAGAUUUUCCCAAUUUGGAAUUGAGGAACAAAGAUGUGUGAUUAAUUUUUGUUAUAAUACUCACGAAACCAAAAUUGAAAAUAGAAAAGUCAAAUUUGUUCGACGAUGAUAUCUAAGAACUUGUUGUUAUAGUUCGUGCAUGGUGUGUUUGUUGGAAGAAGAAAACAAAAAAAAAAAAUAAAAAAAAAAAAAAAAAACAGAGACAAAUUGAAAUAUUUAUAUUUGUUUCACUAUGAUAGAUUAUGGGCAUGUUUACAAAAAAAUCGAAAUGAAAUUGUAAUAUGUUUAUGCUGUGACAAUUUUAUACCGCACAACUUUAAGACUAGAUAAAAGUAGUUUCUCUGCUGGUUAGAGAAGAGAUAAGACUUCCACGGAUAUAAAAUGUGCAGUGUUAG